AUGACAAAAAAUUUUAAACCUUCAGGACAACCGUAUCAAUAUCCAUCACGGGUAGUUAAAAGUGAAGAUAAUGAUAUGAGAGUGCCACCAACAGUAACUUCAGCUGUGCAAGGCCAGGCCGGAGCUACGCACGGAGGAACAAGAGGGAAACAUGGACAUAAUGGAAAAGAUGAAACUUCGAAUGAUAAUAACAUAAACGAAUUGUUUGUUUCUACCAGAGAGGCUCUUAUGACCGUUCUCCCGCAAGCCUCCGACGAAAACAUUAGAAAGUACGAGAGACAACUUGAUGACGUAGAAGAUUUUGAUCCAGUUCUAAUCAUUUCUCCAAACCAAAAUUGGAUUAACCAACACUCAUUGCAAGCUUAUCAAGCGGUAAUGAAUGCAUUUGCGACCGAUAGACUCCGACAAAAUAAUCGCAGAGAUGAAAAUUCGCUUACUGUGUUCCACUUCGCAAAUGUGACUGAAAUGUACAAUGUACGUGGAAACAUUCGCACACGAUAUCCCAUUGCAUUCUACGACCCAAAAGCUCAACCUCAACAGGAACCGAUUGGUAUCGCUUGGAUACUUACUAAGCAUCUCAUUAAAGGUGGAAACAAAGGAUGGGAAGUUAUUAUCUAUCCAACUCACUCGGACUCGAUAUAUUACGUGGCCAUAAAGUAUGUGAAAAUUCUAUGUGUUAUGAAAAAUGAGUUAAAGAAGUUACAUUCUACUGCUUUAUUUCUCAAGAUCAAGAUAUUUCUCAAUGAUCUGCUAAUUAUGGGCGAUAAUAAAGAUGCUGAAAUGCGUCUUCAUAGGGACCAAACGGCGAUUUUUUACUUUUCAAAAGUAUAUUUUGACGAAAAAGAAAUCGAAAAUAACCUUAAUUUUCCCACUGCGUCUGGUCUUUCCGUUUCUAAGAUUUUUGAAUUAUCAUUAUCUCAAAAGACAGAUUUAUGUUCAUCUCACGAUUUAGCACCUCUUGUUCAAGAAAUAUUUGGUAUACGGAAGGGGUUUCAAAAGGAAAAAGGUUUUACUAAAGUUUUUAAGAAUUUUGAGAAGGACUGGAGGAAAAAAAAUAUAAGAACGAUCAGGUAG